AUGGUCCUACACAGCGACAUUCCGCCGCAUCAGCCUCUUGAGAAGUCUUUCCAACACUCUAGAAGCUAUUGUCUGCGUGCCAGACGAAAGAGGUCGUUCACAUACCAGCCUUCAGAAGACAGUUUCGAACAAGCAACACGGCUCUUGCGACUCUUCCAUGCUCAUGAAGCGCAUUCUUUGGACUCCAUCCUGGAACACCCCGAAGAUGAUACAGAUUGUGAAUAUGAUGCACCUGUCUUCUUCCCCCUUUCCCAACGAUUGACCAAGGCCAAGACCGUUCCCUGUCUUUCUAACUUGACAGCUGAAGAAAGAAGUUCCCAAUUUGAAAUGGGAAUGAAUGGAGAAGAUCGCGAAUCCUCCAGUCACUCAUCAACAAUAGAGGUGCGACAAACCAUGUCAAUCCCAGAAUAUAGCGAGAAUCGCGAUGAGGAGGACAAUAAUGACGAUGACGAUGACGAUUGGGGGUUCUAG